GUUGUAUUAUUAAUUUGCUUUUAAAACGACAAGAUUUUGCAAAGAUACUGGCUUGUUCUUCUGAGAGCUUUAGAUUGCUUUGUGCAAAAAGCAGAUGCGACGCGUCUCUCGUCCUAAAAAGGCGAGAACCCAACUGCUGAUUGAUUAAGAAAAAGGUACAUUGGAUAUUAAAGUUGUUAUUCUUCAAUGAAAGGUUACUAACUUGCACAGACAACAUGGAAUCGAUAAACACUUGCAAGUCAGUGGAUAUAAAAGGGCGAACGGCAAGCACAAAACCAAGAAGCCCAGCAAAAAAACGGCAAGAGUUGAACGAACCGUUAGUAUUUACUGGCAGCGCCAUGAACGCCACACGGAGACGAACCCAGUGGAAAAAUACUUCUUCUAAACAGGAGUCACUUAGAGACAGUCUGCUGACGAACAGCAGUGUAGAAGAUACACUUUGCUCGUCAUUUGAAUCUAGAGCGAGCGUCAGGGGUUACAACAGAAACAGCAGAGAGCAGAAAUCCAGCUCACUCGAUAUUGAAAACUCAAACUUUCUUAAAGUACCUUCACCUAACAGCGGGCGGCAAUCUUUCUACUCGACAUCGCCGUCUACAGACGAAGGCAUUGUAACUGACGAUCAUGAACAGCAACUGCAAGACGAACCCCAACCAGCUGUAACUCAGAACGGAUUUUUGGAACGAAAUUUGCGGCCGAAUUGCAGCAAAGUGUAUCAGAAUCCUAGCAACAAAGAACCAAUUGAAUCGCAGUACAUGUUGGCUUACCGUACGGGCCGAGGAGCAAUACAGCAUAAGGCUGGCAGCGAUGCGGAGUGCAAUGAUAUGAUCAUGGGGAGAACCGAACAACUUAGAAGCUAUGACUCUGGUGGCCACACCGGAAUAUAUCCGCACAAUGAAAAUCUCUACCGCCACAUAAACUACAAUGCGAAUACCUACGGGCCAGCACAAACAGCCACAUGGAGACGGUAUAAAUAUUAUAGAAACGGUCCCAGUAUGAGUGACGAUACUCAGACCAUGCAAUGCUAUAGCAGACCAGACAGCAACAGACAUAUUCAAAGAAGGCAAAAGCCCUUGAUUCGCCGGAACACAGAAUCGUCUAGACUGUUGUUAAACGGAUCAUCGGAAAACGUUUGGCAUCACUUGCCCCCGCCGAAUGUAAACAGCUUGCAAAUUCAAAGCCAAGAUACAAGUCCCUGUUACUGUGAAAACGAACCUACACCAGAAGAGAUAACACUCUCCCCGCUAAUGGAAAGUAGAGAGGCAUCAGAAAGUGGCAGAAGCGGUCCAGAGAAAAUUACCCGGGCAAUAAGUCAGCAGAAAAGCUUUGAUAACAAUCAGUGCGAUCAGCAGCACCAGAUCCAGGCGCAUAGAAACGAAAAUAAUACCCCUUCCUCCUACGGUGAAAAGGACAAAAACGACAACCCGAAAAACGGCGAAAACAGCCCCGUAAAUGGGAAACCACUGGACGAAAUGGUUGAUACACAAUCACCGACCGCAUGGAGUGAAAAGGACGUCACCACAAAUUCUUUGAACACCCCUUCCCGAACUGGAUCAACAAAAUCUGCCAUUGCUGACGCGCUUUCGACUACAGUAGUGGCUACAGCUACAGGCAGCGUUAUACCAGAGAGCAGUCUUACUGCAAAGGAAAAACAAAAAAGUUUAACAGAGCGUCUCAUGACAGUUGGGCCAUGCGAUCAACGAAGAGUUCAGGGCAUUGUAGAAGAUAUACUAUGCGAGAUGGGAGAGGAACGAAUUGUUCAAUACAAGAACGCUUUCGCUAAGUUUGACAAGGAUUCCAGUGGCAUAAUCAGCUCAAAGCAACUGCGACAGUUAUUGCGUACAUUAGGCCAUAACCCGAGUGAUAUUGUGUUGAGGGAGUUGGUCAACCAAGUCGACAUGGACGAAAACGGAAAAAUUGACUUCAACGAGUUUAUAAUAAUGAUCGGAUACUUUGACAAGGCGAACAACGAAGACGAAGACCUGAGUAAUAUCUUCCGUGUGUUUGACCGUCAUGAAAGGGGGUGUAUUGACGUAGAAGAACUACGAAAUAUAUGGAACAAUUUUCUACAAGGCAUGGCACCCGUUGACGAGUUUGAAGAAAUGAUUCGGGUCGUAGACAACGACGGAAACGGGGAAAUAAAUCGCAUUGAACUUCUUGAGAUACUUAGCACUCGAUGAUUUUUGUUUUCUGUGAUCUCUUGCACUGCUUUCUGCGUCCUGUAUUGCUCUCUCCAUACAUGGUUGGCCUUAAAACUACUACUGCUCAUCGUACAUUUGCGUUCUAUGUUAUUUUAGAGCUGAAGCUGAAAGUUUUUUUUGAGGCUGUUAUUUUUUUAAGGCUGUUAUACAGACUUUUUUGAGGCUGUUAUUUUUUGCUUGUAGGCUGUAUUUUUUUUUUGACGAAUCUAAACAGCUGGUUCUAUUUCACUUGAAAUUGUUGGUAAAAUACAUUCAUAAUCAAGUUAA